AUGCCCGCCAGCGUCGAGUCUGAUGGGUAUGAGCUUGACUCCGAGUCAUUGCUUGGCCGGAGAAAACGUGACCUGCGUGGCUUUGAAUGGCGACAUCACACCUUCGCCCUCCGUUGGACAAGGAAAACGCUGACCGCGCUGUUAACCCGCGUUUUCCUCAUCUUAGCCCAGGCCUUGGGUGUGCUUUUUGGAUUGAGAAUCAGACGCCGGGGUUUUUUCUUCGUUCAAACCUUACUCAGCGGACUUCUAUUUCUGAUCUGCCUGACUGCACUAUUUUGGCCAUCAUAUACCCACUUACCGCCAUGUUACCAGACGCUCAGAAACCAAGUGCAGAGAAGCGGGUAUCAAGGACGCGGUAACAUCGAGAACAAGAAGGUCUUCAUUGCUGCUGUUCUUUAUGAUCCACAGGGGGAAUUUGCCAGCGGCAAAUGGGGACAGGCCCUUCUCCAGCUCAUUGAACUUCUCGGGGAGCAAAAUGUGUUCCUCAGCAUAUACGAAAACAAUAGUGGGCGAGAAGGCGAAAAUUCCCUUCACGCUCUAACGGACCAUGUAAGAUGCGACAAGUCGAUCGUGUCAGAGCCAGGUCUCAGUUUAAGAGGAUUACCGAGAGUGACCAUCCCUGGAGAAGAAACGCGCAUCAGGCGCAUUGAUUACCUGGCUGAAGUCCGAAACCGUGCUUUGCAACCACUACAAAAUGGCAAUACGACAUACGACAAACUUUUAUAUCUGAACGAUAUUAUUUUCGACCCCGUCGAAGCCCUACAGCUUCUAUUCUGCACAAACGCCGACGCCAAUGGUGUAGCGCAUUACCGAGCUGCGUGUGCAAUGGACUUCAGUAACGCCUUCAAGUUUUACGAUACCUACGCAACCCGCGACCUACAAGGCUAUGGAAUUGGCCUACCUUUCUACCCUUGGUUUACUACCGCGGGGAGGGGGCAGAGUAGACAAGACGUGCUAGAGGGUAGAGAUGCCGUCCGCGUCCGCAGCUGUUGGGGUGGUAUGGUUGCAUUUGAUGCCCGCUUUUUCCAGGGGUUGAAUCCUGUUCGAUUUCGCGCAGACUCUGAAAUAUUUUGGGAUGCCUCCGAGUGCUGUAUCAUUCAUGCAGACAUACAGAGCGCAGCACCGGUCUCAGAAGAAUCCAAAGUCUCAGGAUCAUACAUCAAUCCCUUCGUUCGGGUCGCUUAUGACGAGAAAAGCCAUUCGUGGCUUUGGAUCACUCGACGUUUCGAGAGACUGUACCCAUUCAUUCACAACGCCUUGAACCAUCUGGUUGGACUUCCUCGAUACAACCCUCGCCGCACCGAGGUAUUUGGCCAAAAGGUCAUGGACACUGUUUGGGUACCGGGCGAUGGUGAAGGACAGCAGGGUGAGGUUCGGACCACGCAACGCGAAGCUGGAAAUGACGGCUUUUGCGGACGUCGUGGACUCGAAGUCCUUGUUGAAGAAAGAAUGCCUGGUCAAGAUGGGUUUGAGGCUAUCAGGGUUCCAGCCGGCUUGGUUUAA